AUGGCAGUGCCCUGGGAGAAAUAUUUCCGACUGGCCUUGCAAGAGAAACUGUCUACGAAGAUCCAGGGGCAGAAUGUGGACCACGUCCCACCGCCACUGCUGCGUCUCUUGGAGAAGAGGCAGGAACUGGUGGAUGCGGACCAGGGCCUUCAGGCCCAGAAGGAGGUGUUCCAGACUAUGCAGGCAUCCCUGAAACAGCGGUGGGAACAAUUGGAACAGAAAGAGCAGGAGUUAAAGGGGUCCUUUGUCCGCUUUGAAAAAUUUUUGCAGGAUGCGGAGGCCCGGCGCAGCCGCGCACUGCGGAGGGCGGCGGAGGAGCGGCAACUGGCGGGCCGCCGGGAGGCGGAGGCGCUGCGGCUUCGGGCUCAGCUGGAGGAGCUGCAGCGGGAGCGCGCGCGGCUGCAGCGCCUGCUUUGGCGCCUCGAGCCUUGCGCGCGCCUGCUGGGGCAAGUACUGGAGCAGCUGCCCGAGUUCCAAGAGGUCCCCGAGCUGAUGGCGCGCUUCGACGGCCUGGCCGACACGCAGGCGGCGCUGAGGCUCACGGAGCGCCAGCGGCUCGCGGAGCUGGAGGAGGCGCGCGCGCGGCUGCGGCGGCUGCGGGACACCUGGCAGGACGAGCUGCUGCGGCAGGGCCAGCGGCGAGCGCAACUGCUGGAGCAACUGGAGGCGGCGCGGGAGCGCACGCUGCACUGGGAAUCCAAGUGUAUUCAGAUCCAGAACACCGCGGCUGAGAAGACCCUGCUCCUGGGACGCACCAGGACGGCCGCACUCAACCUGUUCCAGCUAGUGUGCCGGCACCAGAGGCGCCCACCUGCCCUGGGCAUCGAGGACACCGAGGGGCAGCUGGAGCAGGUGAAGCUCUUCAUCCUGGACCUCUCCGCCAUGCUGGCCGGCCUCCAUCAGGCCAAGCCCGCCGUCCCCGCCUCCUGA